AUGCAGUAUACUCCCUUUCUGUUGCCUCCACCUCCUCGUCGUCGUGCCGUACCCGUCACCGUACCCAGAAACCUCCAGAUAGAAAUCUCGGGCAUCCCUGCCGAGAAUGGCAAGUGCAGGGUCGAGACACAGCUCAAGAUCGGCCUGCAUCUUCGAUCUGGCAACUCUAACCCCAUCACAGAGUAUAAGCAGCUCCGUCUCCCACGGCACUACAUCGCCAAAGAGAAGCACCGCAUGGAAAAGUUCAAUGGUCGCGACAAGCACCUGCAGGACUCCGAGAUCUUGACGCUUGACGCCAGGCUUGUGUGCGACCAUGACAUGACCAAGGUUCUCGAAUGCUGCGACAACUGCAUUGGCCGAGAGAGAAAGCGUGCCCAUCGCCGCAAAGAGACUCAGAGGCCUCCCGGCGCCCUCGGGACCAUCCCUGUCUUUGGCGCCAUCCACCCUCGGAAUGUCGACGCCGCCUUUCCCGCAGAAGACGCCAACCCACCAACACCAACAGAUCCAACAGAACACCAUGCUUGGGAGAGGAGCAGAAUCAUGGUCUUUAGCAGCACGGAAUACGUCGACAUUUCGGCUGGCGAGUGUAUGUUGCCCACGCGGAUCACAUGCUACUGCCGGCACCACAACGAGAAGGUCGGCUUUCGAAUCCAAUUCACAGCUCGGGAUACAACAGGCGCAAUCGUCGCCUCUGUUCUUUCCAACCCAGUCAUGAUGAUGGACGACCACAAGUCAGGAAAAAAGCCAGCGACCUCAUCGGAGCAUGCCAGUAGGGGGUCAAUAUCUAUCCCAGCCUCACCUGCCCUGGUGCCUCUCACGCAACAAUGGGACGGCCAAUCAGGAACAAACUACAGAGGCAUGGAUGAGAUGGACUUGGAGGCAGGACAGUCUACACAGCAACAGCAACGCCUCUCGGCCAUGAAAACGGAAGCUGAAGGCGAGGCGGAGCUCUUGUCGGCGGAUGUAUUGUCUCCCCUGGGAUCGACGGCGCGCAUGGGCUCCAAAAGGCGAGUGAGCGAUGACAACUCGAUGGACGAUGUCCAGCUCCAGCAGCAGUACUUUCGGCGGAAGACGAGCCACGACAUCACGACCACCGCUGGUUUCCCUGCACCGUCAUCGCUCGGUUUCGCAACCAUCAAGCGAGAAUCGCUUUCGUCGCCGUCGCCCUUCAUGCCAGGCUCGCCCUUUGCCACCGAUGAUGACCAGAAUGCCUUCGCGCCCUCAUUUGCACAGGCUAUGUCUGUGCACCGCGGCAGUUUGAUAGAUCAGAACACCGCCACCUCAGGCAAUCUGUUCUCGCUCACCGACCAACGUGGGUCUAUCCACUCUCUCAACUCUUUCAGUGACUUUUCGGAGCAGGAGAGGCUGCAUGCCGAAUCGACAUCGAUGCUGGAGAACUUUACCAACCUGGACGAAUCCAUGUCGUCUCCGUCCAGCGGCUUCCAGCCGAAUCUCCUUCUUAUGGAGCACAACUCCUUGAUCGGCAGCAACGUGUUUCCAUCCCGUGCCUCCUUUUCGAUUCCCGGAACGACUUACCCUACCCUAUCGGCAGCCUACUCUGUCCCGAGCACACCCGGCGUCAUGGACGGACCUCAGUUGCACGAACUUUCCAACUUUCAGAACUCUAGCGACCUCCUCCAACACCAACAGCAGAUGCUCAUGCAACUCCAAAGAGUAGCUCUGCAGCAGCAACAGCAGCAACAGCAUCAACAACUGCAACAGCAGCAUCAACAACAGCAACAGCAACAGCAGAAAGAAGCGAUGACGAUCCCAUGGUCCAACGCUGAGUCAGAGAACAAGAGCAUCAUGUCACAGGUGACCAGUCCAACAUUGAGCUCGUUUAUCCCUAUCCCGACCUCACUGCCUGACACUACAGGAUUCGAACCUAACUUUCAUGCGAUCACCAUGGCUGCUGUCUGUUCGACAGAGGCCAACGGUCCAUCCACCUUUGCCUCUGCCGGUGAAAGCACCAAGAAGCGAGGUCGGCCACGUAAAAGUAUCUCGGUUGUGCCGAACACCGCCAUUCCCUCUGGCGCGAGCUCUCCAAUGGUCUCGCCCAAGGCCCCCUCAACCAACAUGCCACCCUCUCCAUCGCCACCUCCCUUCCUGACGCCCUCUGUUACCCAUAGUCUCACAGGCAUCGGCAGCACCUCGGCCACAGCUGCAGCCCAGUACUUGAACUUUCAGCAGCAGCAAUUGCAGCACCAGCAGAAGCAGACUGUUCUCUCGCGACACCAGAAGCCCCGUGUCCAGAAGCUCAUCCCUGCCAAGGGACCAGUCGAUGGCGGAGUCGAGGUUACGCUGUUGGGCAGCGGGUUCUUUCCUGGGAUGAUUCCCACGUUCGAUGGAGUGCCUGCGCAGAACAUCCAGUUCUAUGGACCCGAAACUGUCAUCUGCCAACUGCCUCCCAGAGGGUUUACUGGGCCUGUCCUCGUCAAGGCACAGCAAAGUGGAAACCCUCCAGGAAGCAACCUUGCAAAUGACGAGGUUCGGUUCACAGCAGCAGCGGCUGCGUCGUCCAGUCUUGAGCUUGUCCGAACCAUGCACCAGCUCCUGAACGGCAAUGGUCCCAGUUCUACUUCGUCUUCCUCCCCUUCCUCGCCGACGUCGUCCUCGUUGUCGUCACCAUCGACUACCUCUGUUGCCACCAGCCUAAACACGAGCGGCCAAGAUGAGGACAUUGGAGUGUUGUUCGAGUAUGAGGAGGACAAGAGCGAUCGUGACCUGAUUGCACUGGCAUUGCAGGUUGUCGGCAUGAAGAUGAACGGUCGUGUUGAGCCACCUCACCAGAUUGCCAUGCGGAUCAUGGGCACCGCAGCAGCACAACAGCAACAAUUGCAGCAGCAACACCAACAACAACAGCUUCAACUUCAACAUCAGCACCAACAUCUUCAGCAACAGCAACAACUCUUACUCCAACAGCCACACCACCACCAGCAACAACAACAACAGCAGCAACAGCAUCAAUACCAACAGGCACAGACACAGAAGCAACAGCAGCAGCAACCACAACAACAACAGGCCAGGAAGAAGCAAAGUUCUCCUACACCACGCCCACCAGCGACUACACGAGCGUUGUCUGCCCCGAUUGUAGUGGCCCCUAUUGCCAGAGCCACCAAGAUGACGCCCACUGCAGCGACUCCAGGAGCAUUGACGCCCAUUCAGUUGCAGUCGCCCCAUUCCCAGAUGUUCCAGCCUCAUUCACGAUCUUAG